AUGGAACCCAGCGCCGAGCAAGACAACAAAGCAGUCGACAUUUACCGGGACACAUGGGUUCGCUUUCUGGGCUAUGCCAAUGAGGUGGGCGAGGCCUUCCGAGCCCUGGUGCCCGUCAGCAUGGUGUGGGCCAGCUAUGUGGUAGCCACAGCGUAUGUGUCUGCUGAUGCCAUGGACAAAGGGAAGAAGGCAGCUGUGGCACAUGGAGACAACCCAGGGAAGACGACACGCGUUGCUGUAGCUGUUGUGGACACUUUUGUGUGGCAGGCUUUGGCGUCAGUCGCCAUUCCUGGCUUUACCAUUAACCGUGUGUGUGCUGCUUCUCUCUAUUUACUGGGCAAGGCCACACGAUGGCCCUUACCUGUGCGCAAGUGGACCACCACAGCUAUCGGCCUCUCUACCAUCCCCUUUAUCAUCACACCCAUUGACAGGUCUGUAGACUUCCUUCUUGACUCCAGCUUGCGGAAGAUAUAUGGAGACACAGAGAAGCACGAGCCCUAAGCACAACACAACCUCUCAGCAGUGCUCUGGACCACACAGCUGGUCAGCAAUAACACCUUGAUUCCUGAACCAAUCAGCAGCCCACAUAUUCUUGCUACUCACUGAAUUUCAACUGUGAAACACAACCUAACUCAGUUCCCCGUUAAAUAAGCCAUAUGUUAUAGUAGGUGGUAACAGUCACGGGUUUUGGCCGUGUAUGCAUAGAUGAUAUUCUUAAGAUAUUACCAUUGUGUAAUGUAAGACUAGCAUCUAGAUUAAGCAUGUAUCCUUCGAGGGCCUAUACAUUUCCCCUAAUGUUUUUUUUUCCAUAUUUUUUUUCCCCAUCAGAAAGCUAGAUAAGACCUCUGUGAUAUGAGAUCGAGCUUUGUUAAGAUGAGUUGUGUUUUAGUACACUUAAGUGAUCUGAAUGACCUCAAGAACUAUGCAGACUGUAACCAGAACCAAAGGGCAUUUUUUUUGCAGUGCUGAACAAAGUUUUGCUUCAGUUAUGUGCAGGAACAUGACAAUUCGGUUACUGAGUUAACUCCCCAUAAUUUUAAGAGCUCUUAGCUUGGGAUAACUAAUAUAUUUCUAAUGUUUCAAUAUAUACAAGAUACAUAAAACUACUGUCUGUAUGGACCAGUGCUUUUACAUUGAUACAGUUACCUCAAAGGCCCCAAAUGUCUGUGACGUUCAUUUUAGGGAACCAUGAGUGAACAUGGAAGUUUAUUAUAGGAUUGGAAUGAGAUGGUUAAAAUGGUUGUUUUGGCCAUUUUCAUUUCUUCACCAAGAUGUGUGGAUUAAGGGAAAUGUGAAUCUAUGUAAUUUACUGUCCAGCUCUUUCGAGUACUGCACAACAUAUUCUGCUACCGCACAGUGCAAGAUGUUAUUUUAAAAGCAAAACUAUUUUACAAAAAAUUAACAUGUAAAUGACAGCAGUAGAGAACAAUGCUGAAGAAGAUAGACAUUCACUGUUACACAAAAGGACCCAUCGCGUAGUUACAUAGUCUAGUGAACCGAUAUGGAUUUAAUCAGAUUUUUUUCUCUGGUUUUUGGACCUGUUUUUCAUAAUCAGUUUGUAGCCUUACCAGAUUUCCCCUGGGCCUUUUGAGGAAAGGAUGGUAUAGGCAGUCCAUAUUCCUCAUUAAAUAUUCAUGAGUCUGAUUGGCAGAGGUCUCUGUCACAUACAUGGAUGUCAGAUCUCCAUCUGAGAGAAGACUGUGGACUUAAGUUUUUGGGUAGAAUUUUCUGGUAUUUCAACUUUAUUCAACUUUAGGUUGAAUUAUGGCGCGGGGGCAAUUAUUGUCAUUAUUUAAAGCAGGCUAUGCACAUUUUAAACUUUUAUUGGAUGUUUACUUUAAUAUGAUGUUUAGGUUUUGAGCCAUGUCUCCUUGUGAAUUGCAUGUUGCUGCAUAACUAAGAAAAUGUUUGACAUAUUGGGAUGAGAAGGGAAAACACACUUGUUGGUUGUUAUUUUCUUUCAAUUAUUUGUUGCAGUAUAGACAUUUCUGACUUUAAGCUUGGGUGACUGUAAACCUAUGGGAAUGUACUAUGUUUACAAUCUUUUUGCCUCAUGUUUUUUUAGAUU